CACAACGGUUUCUCCGGAAGAACCUUAAGGAUAUUGUUAAAAGAAAUCUAUUAUUGACUGUCAUCGUUUGGGUACUUUUUAUUAAAGAUGAAGUGUUCGGUUAGUGUUCCUUUAAUAAAUUUGACCCUGAUAUUAAUUUUUAUGUCAGCAAGUGUUUAUGGCCAACAAAAAUCGCAUUCCUUUUACGAUUUCCCACCUUUAUACAAAUUCGAUGACUAUGAUUCCUGUUUGGCACAAAAAUACCAAAAUAUCCCACCCACUUAUUGUAUGGUGUAUGCUGAAAUCAAACCAAAUAAUUCAUCCGAAAUGUGGCAUCAGAUGAUCGAACAUUAUGAGGAGUAUCCAUUUCGGUAUAGACAUGAUCAUUUAUUUUUUGGCGUUUGUAUGGAAAGAUGUAAAGGCUUUGCCAAAACAAUGGAAAUUAAUAAAUUAACCGAUGAUGAUUUAAUUAAAAAUGAGAUAACGGAUUAUUUUGCUAAAGUUCAUAAAAGACCCUUGGAUAAAGAAUUCCGUAAGGAAUAUCAUGCAUUAAUACACAAUUGUUUAAAUUAUGAAUUUCAACAGAAAUAUGAUUUAAAUUUAAGAACCUUUAUCGAAUACUGUGAAAGACCUAAGGAAAUUAUUAAAGAAGAAACUAAAGAUCCCUUGGAAAGUUUAUUGUAUAAAAUCAUUGGUGUAAUUAUCAUACUUAAUAUUCUCUCCAGUCUGUAUGAUUUCUGUUUAAAACUACAACAGCCGGAAGAAAAUCAAACCAAUGAUUUCUACAAAAUUAAUCCACAACAAACUGUGUCUAGAUUAUUGACGUCAUUCUCAGUGUGUCGCAAUUAUUAUCGCCUAAUUCAACCUUACUUCAGUGAUAUCGGCAAAGAUUUUCAAUUCCUGGAUGGUUAUCGUUCCGUUUGCAUGAUGUUUGCCCUUUAUGGCCAUACAUUUUUCUGUGAAUACCAGCACAUAGCGAAUCCACAGCAUUUCGAGAAAAGUGCCAAAGAUGUUAAUAAGCUGUGGCUUUUAAAUACGACCAUGAUCAUAGAAACCUAUUUUGUUAUGAGCGGUCUAUUGCUGUUUAUUAAAUUUCAGCAGGGACGAUAUGUCACUCCACAGACUAGCUGGAAAAAGUUUAUUUUCACCUAUGUACAAUUUAUGAUAUUUCGUUUUAUAAGAUUUUUACCUUCAGUGGGCUUACUCGUAUUAGUCAAUGCCACCAUACUCACCCAUCUGCAAAAUGGACCUUUUUGGCGUCAUAUAACCGAGCCAGUUCGCGUUUUCAGCCGUGAAAGAGGUUGGAGGAACUUGUUAAUGAUUAAUAAUUUUUCACACAAAGAAAGUGCAAGUCAUCAUACUUGGUAUAUAGCAGCUGAUUGGCAGUUAUUUGCUUUAUAUUUAUUGGUGAUCAUGAUUGUGUCCAAAUAUCCAAAAUAUAAAAAGCAUAUAUUUUCAGCAUUGGCUUUCUUGUCAUUUGUUAUACCCUUUUCCAUUAGUUACUUGCUAAAAUUACAACCCUGUUUUAUAAUAAAACCAGAAUCUUAUCGCUACUCAUUUUUCCAAGAUAUCGAUGUAUAUUUUAAAGUUUAUACACCCUUCUAUUCAAAUCUAUUCGGUUACUUGUUCGGCAUAAUAUGUGCCGAAAUUUAUUUGAAAUACACUCGAACCGAACAGGUACGCACAUUUAUGCGUGAAAAACCCAUAUAUACAGUGGCUGUCCAUCUAGUUGCAAUUAUAGCGGUUUUCUUAUUUUGGUUGGGCCCAAUACUAGAUGUUAGAGCACCAUCAGUUUGGUCAGCAUUAUAUGCUGGUCUACAUCGUAAUUUGUGGAUUAUAUUUGUAUGCGGUGCUCCUUUAUUGCUUAUGAGCUGUAAUUGUGGAUGGAUCGCAUAUGAAUUUUGUUGUCUUCCGAUAUUCCGUGUUUUGGCCAGAUUAUCAUUUCAAGUAUAUAUUUGGCACAUGACCAUUGUAUAUUUAAUAAAUGGUUACCAACGUCAGCCCUAUUAUGUCAAUAACUUUUAUUUCUUUACACAAUUUAUUAUUUUAUAUUGUGCAUCAAAUGUUCUGGCAUUCAUAAUCGCUUUAUUUGUUGAGUACCCCAUAGCGCAAAGUGUUCAGGUCUUACAAUCAAAAAGCAACGACAAAAGUACCAAGAAGUCCUAAUAAAGAAUUUUAAAUUUACUCUUAAAUAAUUAAUUUUUGGUUAUAUUUUAAGCAGAUAUACAUAACUACUAUAAUUUUAUUGUUAUUAAU